UUAGAAUUCUUACACGUGCAACGGCACAUUCAAACUUUAAGAUAGUUUAGUUUUAUUUUAAUUAAAUAAAAAUGGAUGAGAAAACAUUGAUUGAAACUGUUCACAAACGCAAAAAAGAUGCAUAUUUACCCACAAUGCUAAAUUUCCAGAACGGCUCGCUCGGCGCCAGCUCCAAUUUCUGUUUGGUUGAGAGCAAAAACAAUCGAAAUCCACGCAAGCGCGCAUUGGUCAUGGCCGGUGUUAACACUUAUGUGGGGGAUUUGCAGGACAGCGAAGAGUUUGAUACGUAUAUUUGCGUGCGCAACAAAACCACAAAUAAAGCAACAAUUGUGCCUGUGCAACAAGCGCUGCUGUCCAAUCACAUCUACGAGAAGAUGGAAAAGCUGGAGAACCGACCAAUGCUAAGCAAAGAGCAUGCCACGAAGAAGCUGCUCAAGGAAUUUGGUGGACGCAAGGCAUCCCGCUAUGUAGCCAAUCACGAGCAAAUGAUGGUCAAUGUGGAUGUGAUGCGUAAAGAUUUGGAUGAAACCGUGCAGAGCUCUGUGCGCCAGAAUGGUGAGGAUGAAGAGGAUAACAGUUUGCCCGAAGUGGACGCAAACAAUGCGGAAUACUUGGCCACCAUCGUGCCCAAGUGUGAUAAGGCGGCAACAAAAAUAAGCGAAAUUUACGACGUGGAGGACGUGGUGCCACAAUCCCUACUGGAUCGCCUGGACGAAGAGGCCAACAGUGUGUACUCGACGCCAUUGGAGACACUGCCCAUCGAGUCGGACUAUUUGCGCGAUUGCAUCAAGCGCAUACAGGAUAAGGAAGUUACCACGAAGCAGGACAUCCUCAACCUUAAAUUGAUUAUCUACAUGGAUGCGCUGCAAUCGCUAAUCGCGCUGCGCAAACGACAAAUGAAGCAUGUUGAACUGUCGCGCAUCACGGAAAAGGUGGAGAACGAUGUACGGCAUCGUUUUGCCGAUCCCAAUGUUGCCAAAUCCUUCACACGCACCAGUUUUAGCACAGAGAAGGCACUCACUCAUUUCAUUGUGCUUGCCCUGCUCAUCAGCGAGAAGCACGAAGUGGACGUCAAUAUACUCUCACGCAUUCUGCGUACAUCCAAGGAUCGCAUCAUUGCCUAUGCUCACAUUGUAAAUGCCCGUCCCAAAGCCCGCUCGGAUAUGCUAUCACUGCGGCUGCCCAGCACUGUGCCCGCGCUGACGUCUUCCAGGCGCUUUCAGCGCAAGAAAUAGCAGUGGCAAAUUUAGCAUCAGUAAGGCAGUAGAAAAAACACCCUGUAUUGAUUGCAGCAGUUGCAUCGAUUAAACAAUUUCGGGCCGAUUCGAGUUCAAGGCCGAAUAGAGGACCUAAAAAAGCACGAUUUAUUUUUACAUAUUUUACUUGUAUUUUAAAUGACAAAUCGUGAGAAAAAUAUAACGCUGCGUGCCGUUUU